AUGCCAGCCCUGAUAUCCGACACGACACGAACAUCACUCAAUGAUGAACCCUAUCAAGGAUUUUAAGGAGUAUAUUGGUAUGAAUGUGGGUGGAAAGAUCUACCAAACAUCCUGGUCCACCCUGCUGCGGUAUCCAAACACAUUCUUUGAUUCACUGUUCGAAGGUAGCGCCGAUCAUCCGAAGGAUGAGCAGGGGAACCUGUUGCUUGAUCGAGAUGGUGAGACAUUUCGCCAUAUCCUCAACUUCUUGAGGUACGGAAGGGUGGUGAUCCCGGAGGAGUUCGAUGAUUUUCACAUUCUUGAACGUGAGGCUGAUUUUCUGUCGCUUGGGGAACUCAAGAUGGCAUUGACAGACACGGAGAGAUCCAGGGGAGACGUAGGGUUGAACGUUGGUGGUAAGAUAUACAGGGCAUCGAUGAGGACUUUAACAAGCGUCCCGAAAAGCUUCUUCCAGGAGAUGCUACAAAGUGGCCAUCCUGUCAAAGAUGACCUUGGAAAUUACCUCAUCGACCAAGACGGUGAGGUAUUCCGUCACGUUCUCAAUUUCCUGAAGACGGGGGAGCUCGUGCUACCGGAAGGGUUCAAGGAAUUCGAUUUACUUGAACAGGAGGCCAGAUCCUUUAGGUUGGACGACCUUCAGAAAAUGGUUCGGGCAAAACGUGUCAGAUCAGUCGGUUUUGUAAUCAACGGCCAGGUAUUCACAUUGCAUCGGGGAGAUGUGCUGAGAGAGAAGGAUUCACUCUUUGCCACCAUUAUGAGCGGUGAGUUCACAGCCCCCAAGGAUCAUCAGGGAAACUACAUCAUAGAGAGACCUGUUGAUGCGGUACAUUACUUAAUCCACUACAUCAAACAUGGUGGAAUCUUCAAAGACAUGACUCAUAAGGACGUGACGCGUCUUAAGAAAGAAGCUGAAAUCUUCAGGCUACAUGGACUGACGACGUUGCAUCUGAAAGGCGUUGAGGCUGCCCAAGGGAAUGUUGAAGAUAAAAACUUAUUCCUUUACAUAAUCUUUGAUCACCGUCAUCAUCACUAUAUUUACAGUGUCCAGGAACCCUGUGUUGCUUACAUCAACAAAUGGCCAGCUUUCUUCACUACUAACACCGAAGGGCAACUUCUUCGUGAUGUCUUUCUCGAUGGCAUGAUUACCCUAUGUACCGUAGGAAGUAGCAGCGUGUCCGUUGGAAAGGUAGAUGUGCAGAAGAUAAAAUCACAAGGAAAUGGGAGGAUCGGAUUGGAUGAUUUUGUUGCAUACUUUUCUACGACUGUGCCAGGAAGUAGCGUCGAUACGAUAGGAACUUGUGGUUAUUUUAGUUUGAUAAAGGUCGUAGUUCCUCUAAUCUUCCCUUAAAAGUUUGUGAAAACAUUUAUGUUCCUCUUUAUUUCUCUGUAUCUAUACUACUCACUAUACUAGUUUGUCUUCCUGCUCUCCCGAUCUCCUUUGGACUUCCUCUGUCCAUUCCGCUCUACAUGUGCAUUUGUCUUUGUUUCUUUUUCCCAUCUUUCUAUCACUUAGUAUUAUUCAUGAGAAUGCUGAUGUCGUCACAUAGAUCCAGGAAAUUUCGUCUCCGUACUCCGUUUGUGUAAAUGUGCCCCGAGGAUAACUAAUGUCUUUGAACUAUUAAAGUACUUCGCGAGAGAGCCCAUGGGAUAUAGCUCUGUUUCCAGUACUCUUGACUAAUCUAGUAGUACCAGCAAAAUAAUGCCCAUCGUCUAUGAGAACUAUCAAGUAUAUAUAUUUAUAUUAUAUCAUGGUAAACAUAUUUUCCUAUAUACUAGACGUAAACAUGUUAAAGGGAUGCUCCGGGCUGAGAAAAAUAUGAUUUAAACAGAUAAAAAUCAGACAAACAAAACACUGAAAAUAUGAUUAAAAUUGGACUAGGAAUAACAAAGUUAUGGCAUUUUAAAGAUUUGCAUUAUUCCGGUGAAACAGUUCUAGGCAUGUCUUCAUGAAUAUUCAAUGAGCAACUUGAUGAUGUCAUAUCCCCACUUAUUCCUUUGUAUUUUAUUAUAUAAAAUUUUUUUUUUUCAAAAAUAUUUCUACCAAGAACUAAAAAAAUUGGAUUGACAACUGAUUUAGUGUAUUAGAUAUUCAUGGCUGCAACUUAUUUCAUUAUAAACAUGAUAAAGGAGAUACAUUAUUCACACAUGUAUGAAAAAAUGAAACAACUAUGAUUUCAUGUAAUAACAUAAGAAAAAGGAAAGUGGGGAUGUGACAUCAUCAGCCCACCUAAUGAAUACUCAUGACGACGUGCAUAUAACUAUUUUUUUACUUGCUAAACUUUAAAAUUCAAUAACUUCAUUAUUUGUUAUCCGAUUUUGAUGAAAUUAUCAGCAUUUCGCUUUGUGAAUUUUAUUCCAUUUAUUUAGAUAUAAAUAUUUUCAGCCCGGAGUAGUACUGUACCCUUUUAAUAAUAUUCCUUUUCAUACAUGAUAAACUGCCGCAUUGAGGGAACAUGCGUCAUAAACUGGAUAGGUUGGUGGAUGUUGAAACCCUGUCGAGUCAUACCAAAUAGUAUAUGAAUAAUAUACCUGCAUUCUAGCUAGUCGCUAGAUUAUAAUUAUCAGAGUGACUAAAUUUAUCAUGUCUAAUGGUGUAUUUGGAAUGAUUUGCUGUCAGAGCAGCUUAAUAUGAUAGACAGUCACACCAACCAGACUGAUUCCAAACUGUUUGAUAGUAUGUCAUUGGAAAUAAUGUAAAGCUUUGGUCGGACAGGGGGUCGGUUUGUCUAGUGUGACUGCGGCUUCGAAGUGAAGUGGUAAAUCGUGGUGAACGAAACCUAAGUAUGUGACUGGUGCUUAAGCAGUACUAUUUUAAUAUUCAAUACAAAUACGAGAUGGGAUGUAGCAUGCAUAACUGUACUCAUUCAUUUGAAAAAUUAUACUUUCGAAUCCAUAGAACUUGACAUUUUACAAAGUAUAUGCGAUUUUCAACAUUAUUCAUGACGCAAAAUGUAUUAAUGUUCCCAAAUUCCCUUAACGCCGUUGUCUCUUCUUAUAUUAAAUUGUCUGGGCGUACCCAAUUCCGCAACUCUUCAGUAUGUACUAUUUUAUAUUUCAUCUUGAUCCAUUUACAUUAGAAUAUUUAAUCUGUAGAAGAUAUUAUGUAAUGUGUAAAUAUAAUUCGAUAUCAAUUCAAACUUCCAUACUGCAUGUACUGUGUAUAGUGUUGUUUAGAUGUAAUGUCGCCAUUGUAUCGUCGACCUUGCGGUUUAUUAUUUUACACAUCGCUUAUGAAAAACAAAUUAAAGCCGCCUCAUUAAGCGGUAUUUCUUUCUGAAUCGUUCUGUAGAAAGCGCAUUUUACGUUUCAUAAACGUGUCGAUAUGCAUCCCUUUUUUCUACCUUUUUCGCUCUAUUUCUCAUCCCCCUCUCUCUUUUUCUCCCUCUAUUUAGGCAUUUUACCACCUUUGGCUGAUAGCAUGUUGAAAGACGACCGAAGAAGUAGCCAUUUUCAACAAAUUUUAGGCAUGUAUAGUUAAAUAAACCACUAGGAAGUUAUGAUAAUCUCAGCUCGUUAAAGGUCAAGUCCACCCAAGAAAAAUGUUGAUUUGAAUAAA